AUUGACGGAUUUAGGUGACAUGUGUGUGUAUUGGGUAAUAAUUAUUUAAAAGUUUUAUGGCUUUCCGUUAACUUUUUAGCGUUUUAUUAGAUCAAAAAUAUGUUUCAAAAGUUUGGGGUCACGUGACUAACCCUAGUCUCUCUAGGAUAAAUAAAAUGUCAGUACCUGAUAUAACUCUAAACAAUGGAGUUCGGUGUCCAAGCUUUGGCCUUGGUACAUGGUUGGCCGCUCCUGGUGAAGUUAAAGAAACUGUAAAAACCUCGAUUGAUGUUGGCUAUCGACUGUUCGAUUGUGCGUGGCUUUAUGGAAACGAAAAAGAAAUAGGUGAAGGAUUAAGAGCAAAAAUUCAAGAUAAAACUGUUAAAAGAGAAGAUUUGUUUGUUGUGACAAAAUUGUGGAAUAUUUUUCACGAAGAAGAAAAAGUAGUUCCAGCAUGCAAAGAAUCAUUAAAGAAUUUUGGGCUUGAGUACGUUGAUUUGUAUUUGAUACACUGGCCUUGCGCCACCAAGAACAAAGAUUUUAACAUUCAACUCCCAUUUAAAGAUUCCGAAAAUAUAGAAUAUGAUUUUUGUAAGACCUGGAAAGGAAUGGAAGAAUGUGUCCGACUUGGUCUGGCUAAGAGCAUUGGUUUGUCAAAUUUUAAUUCAAAACAAGUGCAGAGAAUAUUAGAUGUAUGUACUAUAAAGCCAGUUAUGAAUCAAAUUGAGGUUACUCCAUUCCUUAACCAAAAAAAGCUUAUUCAUUUUUGCAAGAGUCGUGGAAUAGAAAUAAUGGCAUAUUCACCACUAGGUUCGCCUGCAAGGCCGUGGGCUAAACCAGGCGAUAUAAUGCUGUCUUUACAAGAUCCAAGAUUGAUUGCCAUUGGCGACAAAUACAAGAAGAGUAGUGCUCAAGUUGUUUUGCGAUAUGUUUAUCAGCAGGGUACCAUACCUAUUCCGAAAUCUUCUAAUGUUAAUAGACUUAAGCAAAAUAUUGACAUCUUUAACUUUAAAUUAACAGAUAAAGAAAUGGCUGUUAUUGAUGAGUUCAACUGUAAUAUUAGAGUCUGCCAUGCUGAAGAAUUAAAGGAUAAUCCCGAAUAUCCAUUUACUCUGGAGGAGUAAAUCUUCAUUCUAAAUUUUUAUAAGUAAUUUAUAACUUAUCCUGCACCUUUACACUUGGUAUUACUAUAAAAUAUGUACCUAAAUGAAAAUAAAUAGUAUUUAAUACACG